AUGAAAGUGUUUAUUGUUGUUGCUUUUUUUAUUGUGGCAUCGCCAAACUGGAUGGAUAUGAGCAAUGGAUCUCUUAUAAGAAUUCCUCUAAAGAAACAAGUCAACAAUGAACAAACAAGAUUGCGUAAUAGGGCAAGAAGUGCACUACAUGGUAAAUUUAGAAACACGGGAGAAGUACCUUUAACCAAUGAGAAUGAUAUGUCCUAUUAUGGAGAAAUCGGUAUUGGAACUCCUCCACAAAAGUUCAACGUAGUUUUUGACACCGGAUCUCCUGACCUUUGGGUUCCUUCGUCCAAGUGCGAAAAUGUUGAUAAAAACGAUUGCCUAAACCAUAAACAAUACAAUGCUAGCAAAUCUUCAACAUAUCAAGAGAUCGGUACACCUUACCACAUAGGAUACGGAACAGGAAAUUUAGAUGGUUUUUUAUCCGAAGAUAAUGUAGAGGUUGGUGGAGUAGUCGUAAGAAAUCAAAUUUUCGCUGAAGCAACUAAAGAAUUCGAAUUUUAUGGUUUAUCCGAUGGUAUUUUAGGAUUAUCUUUUCCAGCAUUGUCAUCUCAAAAUAUUCCUACAGUUUUUGAAAAUAUGAUUAAACAAGGUUUACUGGACAAACCAGUGUUUUCGUUUUAUCUGAGUCAAGCUGCCAAUGGCGAUAAAGGAGAACUGCUGCUUGGUGGAUCAGAUCCAAAAUAUUACAAAGGCAAGUUCGCCUAUGUACCAGUAUCAAGUAAGCGCGAUUGGCAAGUAACUACAGACGGCAUUUCUGUAGGCGAUCAUGAACUGUGUCAAGAUGGAUGUGAAGCAAUUAUAGAUACUGGUACUUCUCUAAUCUAUGGGCCAGCCGAGGAUAUUGAAAAUAUCAACAAAGGCAUCGGUGCAAAAUUGUAUACUUCCGGUGUAGAAGAAUCUUACUAUAUUGAAUGUAACACAAAUUUCAAAGAUCUCCCUAAUGUAGUAUUUUCUUUUGGAGGCCAACAAUUUGCCAUUCCUUCUAAAAUGUAUAUAGUAAGGGACGACGAUAAGUGCUUAACUAGUUUCCGUACACGAAGUGCAUUGAAUUUAGGAAAUAGAUUGCUGGUAGGAGAUACGUUCCUGAGAACUGUUUACACCGAAUUCGAUUUUGGCAAAGGACGCAUUGGAUUUGCAAAACUUGCAGAUGUAAAUUUAUAA